AGCCGGUGGCCUGGGAUCCGGCUCAGUCUCGCUCAGUUUCUCGGCCGGCCUGGUUCCCGCGUUCUUCGCCGCCGCGGGUGAGGCCGGCUUCGCUGCACCGGUAUCGGACCACUAGCCCUCUUCUCCUGAGCUGUCGCCAUCAUGCUGCUGCCUGUGUUCACCCUGAAACUGCGCCACAAAAUCAGCCCCCGCAUGGUGGCCGUAGGGCGCUACGACGGGACUCACCCGUGCCUGGCGGCCGCUACCCAAGCAGGCAAGGUUUUUAUUCACAACCCUCAUACCCGGAGCCAGCAUUUCAGUGCAUCCAGGGUCUUCCAGAGCCCCCUGGAGUCUGAUGUUUCACUUCUCAACAUUAACCAGGCAGUCAGCUGCUUGACUGCAGGAGUACUGAACCCUGAACUUGGCUAUGAUGCUCUUUUAGUGGGGACACAGACUAAUCUUCUGGCUUAUGAUGUCUACAAUAAUUCAGAUUUGUUCUACAGAGAGGCGACAGAUGGGGCCAAUGCAAUUGUGCUGGGGACAUUGGGAGACAUUUCCUCUCCUCUUGCAAUUAUUGGUGGAAAUUGUGCUCUGCAGGGUUUCGAUCAUGAAGGAAAUGAUCUCUUUUGGACGGUUACUGGAGAUAAUGUUCAUUCCUUGGCCUUGUGUGACUUUGAUGGUGAUGGGAAGAAAGAGCUACUUGUUGGAUCUGAGGAUUUUGAUAUCCGAGUUUUUAAAGAAGAUGAGAUUGUGGCAGAAAUGACAGAAACAGAGAUAAUCACCUCUCUUUGUCCCAUGUAUGGCAGUCGAUUUGGUUAUGCCCUUUCCAAUGGCACAGUUGGAGUUUAUGACAAAACAGCCCGAUACUGGAGAAUUAAAUCCAAAAAUCAUGCCAUGAGCAUUCAUGCUUUUGACCUUAAUUCUGAUGGAGUGUGUGAACUGAUAACCGGUUGGUCCAAUGGGAAGGUCGAUGCUCGAAGUGACCGAACUGGGGAGGUCAUCUUUAAGGACAACUUUUCUUCUGCAGUUGCUGGUGUGGUGGAGGGAGAUUACCGGAUGGAUGGUCACAUACAGUUAAUCUGCUGCUCGGUGGAUGGGGAAAUCCGGGGCUACCUGCCAGGCACGGCUGAGAUGAGAGGGAACCUCAUGGACACCAGCGUAGAGCAGGACCUGAUCCGAGAGCUGAGUCAGAAAAAGCAGAACCUGUUGCUGGAGCUCCGUAACUAUGAGGACAAUGCCAAGGCCGAACUGAGCAGUCCUCUGAAUGAGGCUGAUGGGCAUGGGGGCAUCAUCCCGGCCAACACCAAGCUCCACACUGCCCUCUCCGUCAAUCUGGGGAGCGAGGCGCAGGCUGCCCAUGCAGAGUUGUGCAUCUCCACUUCUAAUGACACCAUCAUCCGAGCAGUACUGAUUUUUGCAGAGGGAAUUUUUCUAGGUGAAAGCCACGUGGUGCAUCCCAGCAUUCACAACCUUUCCAGCUCCAUCCGCAUCCCAAUUACCCCUCCCAAAGAUGUCCCUGUGGAUCUGCACUUGAAAACCUUCGUGGGUUACAGGAGCAGCACCCAGUUUCAUGUGUUUGAGUUGACAAGACAACUCCCCCGUUUCUCCAUGUAUGCGCUGACCAGCCCGGACUCUGGCAGCGAGCCGCUCAGUUACGUCAACUUUAUCAUCGCAGAACGGGCACAGAGGGUUUUUAUGUGGCUCAACCAGAACUUUCUGUUACCGGAGGACACUAACAUUCAGAAUGUUCCAUUUCAAGUGUGUUUCACAUCCUUACGGAAUGGUGGCCAGCUGUGUAUAAAAAUAAAACUUAGUGGAGAGAUCACUAUAAAUACUGAUGAUAUUGAUUUGGCUGGUGAUAUCAUCCAGUCGAUGGCAUCAUUUUUUGCUAUUGAGGACCUUCAGGUAGAAGCCGAUUUUCCUGUCUAUUUCGAGGAAUUACGAAAGGUGCUAGUUAAGGUGGAUGAAUAUCACUCAGUGCAUCAGAAGCUCAGUGCUGACAUGGCUGAUAAUUCUAAUCUGAUCCGAAGUUUGCUGGUUCGAGCUGAGGAUGCUCGUCUGAUGAGGGACAUGAAAACAAUGAAGAAUCGCUAUAUGGAACUAUAUGACCUUAAUAAAGACUUGCUCAAUGGAUAUAAAAUUCGCUGUAGCAAUCACACAGAGCUGUUGGGAAGCCUCAAAGCAGUAAAUCAAGCGAUUCAAAGAGCAGGUCGUCUACGUGUUGGAAAACCAAAGAACCAGGUGAUCACUGCUUGUCGGGAUGCGAUUCGAAGCAACAACAUCAACACGCUGUUCCGAAUCAUGCGGGUGGGGACAGCUUCUUCAUAGGAGAGGAAAGAAUAGAGCUGAAUGUGGAGAAGUGAGAGUGAAGCCUAAUGCAGUUAUGGAGGUUUGGCUCAGAAUAUCUGUUCCAGUUUUCUUCUAGUGUGACUUCCCUUUCCUGUGAAGAGCAGGAAGCUAAAACAGAAGUUUCUCCAAUUCGUUUUCAGCUGGUGAUACAGGUUUGAUUCAGCUUGCAUUUCAGAUGCAAUCACAUGAGACUUGAAAUUUGAACUGAGAUAAAUGGGAUAUUGGGCAUGUAUUUGAUCAGUGUGGAUUACAGCAAAUGUAGCGUGGUUCUGGAGCCAAACUCUGUCUCUGAGGCUUGCCGAUGUAGCAGAAAUAGAUUCUGGGUAGUAGAAAAGCUGGCAUGACUGGGGGACCUUGAAGCUAGAGUGGCAGCUUCCUGGUUUUGCACAUGAGGUUUCCUGAAUGGAGCACUGUGAUGCUGUUCUGGAACCUGUAAAUGGUAGCUGAUUUAGUGGCUCAGCCUGAGGCAGUCCUAUGUUUAUAUAUGCAAUAAAGGGUGCCUUCUGGUUUCACAAGCAGCUUCCUGAUCUGGCAGGAGCAGCUACUUUGACAGCCUGGUUCUGCAGUACAGACUUGAGAAAAUAUUCUGGAAUUGCAUCCUACAGGUUUUUAUUCGACAGCCUUAAUAAUUCUGUAAGCCAUCUGGCAGGCUCUAAUCCUUUUAUUCAAAUUGUCUAGUGAGGAAUCUGUUCUCUGCAUCAGAAUACUGAUCUGUCUGAAACUCCAAAGAGACUAUACAGAACACAGGCCUUUCCUCUGUGGUAAAUUAAUUUCAUAGUUUCCUCCGUUUGGCCAUUUAGGAUUACCUCUUCUAUUUCUGAAAUGUGAGCUUUAAGGAGCCCUAAUUUUUAUGAGACUGUUAUGCCCCUCUAAUACCUUUGUUUUGCAUUUUCAACCUGUAAGCUCAAAAGACAUCCACAUACACUAUAUUAUCUUCAGUAAUCUCCAAAGUAGUAAUCUUUUAUACCUGCUUCAAAGAUGAAGAAACUGAAGCGCAGGGAUUAAUUACUUGCCAGAGCCACAGAGCUACUGGCAAGACACAAGUCCCACCGUGGGGUCUUUUCCUGUUUUAGCCAUAGUCUAAUUUACACCUUUUGAGAUUAAAAUCUCUAGUUGGUGCUGGUUUUAAAUUGUAUGGCAUUAUUCAUUUUUAGGGACCCUUAAAGAAUCAUCUCAUUAAAGGUCAUUCUGUUGUUCUUCAGCCCCCAAACUUCCUUCUUACACCUAAAAAUAUUCAUGGACAAGGCUUGAAGGAGUCGACCUGCAGCAAGAUUAUUUUUUAUAGCCCUGACUUAUAGAUUACAAAUAGGUUAUUUUCACAUCAAUUUGAUCCUCUUGGUAUUAGUAUCUCUGAGCUCAGACAGGCAGAAUGUUUUCUACAGGGUCCUACAGCUUGGUUAAGUCGCAGUGUAGACGUUAAAACCAAGUAGUCAUGGCCCUUUCUGCUAUUUCAGACUGCUCCCAAGUGAGUGAAGACUAGAUGAGAUGAAAAUGUUCAUAGUAUUCAUCCUUUUUAUCCUGUUAGAAGUCAUGUUCAGCUUAGGGAGGAGAAAAACCUGUUUGGUUAUCAGCUACUUCUCUAUCUUGUUGCCAUAUUUUUCUAUGCUGAUAGAAUCUGAUUGCCUUCUACAAGCUAUAGCUUAAGCUCUAUUUUGUUGCUGAAUUUUGUUGUAGCUUUAAGUGAACACUCUGCCUUCAUUUAAAAGCUGAUCUUGAGGAUUCUGGUAUCUGGGAGAAAGCUUUUUAGUCAUUUUUAAAGCAUCCCUUUUAAAGUCACCCCCCUUAUCCCUAGAUUCAGGUAUUCAAUAUUUUAGAGAGAGUAUGGUCUUUAUUCUUUCCCACCAUGUCUGCCUGUUCAAAUACUACAUCAAGGCUCAGUUCAAAUGCUCUCUCGGGAGACCUUUCCUCUCCCAUGUCUAUUCUUUAACCCUUAUUACAUUCUGUGUUUAUAUAAAUCUUAAUCCCCGAUUAAGUGAGAACAGGGGCUGCAUGUUAAUCAGCUUUGUCCUCCCCGUGGUGCUGAGCCAGUGCCUUGAGCAUAGAAAAGCACCUGCUGCUCCCCACGGAAGUGCUUGUCCUCAGUAAGCCUGUCAGUGGCUUCAGAAAUCAAAGAACUAGGAACUUUACAACCAUUAUGCAACCCUAGAAGUACUUUACAAGAAUGAUUUUCAACAUUAUUAACAUUUCAAAUUUUAUAAUUAGCAGUUACAAAUCUGCCAGUGCAGAGUCCUGUGAACACCAAACUAAAUUAUCUCGUUUCACUUUGACACUAAAGUACAGUAAGACACCCAUUGCAGCCUGGUGUUUUGCAUUUUUGCCUCAUCCCCACCUGGCCCCUGCCCACACUAUAUGCUCUAGCUCAUGAGUCAUCUUUUUAUUUGUGUGGUAGAGAAAUGUGCUAUUCCUGACAUGAAGCCACAUGGGCAGUUUCCAAGUAGUUUUCAAAAUUGUCUAUGUGGACUGAUUUUUUGUCAAUCAGAGAAGGAAUUAUCUGUUUUUGUAGCAAUGUCCAGUUCACGCAGGCUGGAGAGCCUGCCAGUGAUAUCAUUCCCUCUAUCAAGGACUCUUUUUAACAGGGUUUGAUUUUCUCAUUCAGUUGUAGUAGUGGCCAGUAUGUAAUGGUACUGACAAGGUACUGCAGCCGAAACUUACUUGCUGAGGAAAUGCUGGUCUGGGAGAGGCAGCCCAAGCAUUGAUUUUUUUUUCAGUAUUCUAUGGGAAAGAAACACCACAUUCAGAAGAGUUUGAGGCAGUUAGUGAGCUGUAGAAAAGCCAGGUUCAAAACCUAACAGCCUCUUUCUUUCCUACGUUUCAUUUUUCUACAUCUUUAAGUGAGAGACUGAAAUUAGAUUUAUAGGGUUCUUCCUUAAAUAUUUUAUUUUUCCUUCACUUAACAGAAAUACUAAUAUGCUUUCAAAGUCACUUUCUGAAAAUGUUCUUAUUUACAUAAUGGUUAACAUAAGGGGAAUGUGUCACGGGGACUUGACCUUACACAAUUGUAGGAAGUGGCAAAGUGUAGUCUGUCAGUUUUCUAGUCUGAUGCUGGAACUUAAAGCCCACAGGACGGGCAGUCAGAAAGGAUGUAGAGUUGGGAAGAAUAGGAACAAGCUGGAACCCAGAGGCAUGAGCUGGAGCCCACAAGGACACGUUAAAAUCUCAGUUCUUGCCUCUGACCUUGAUGGUGUGGGGAGACCCUUCAUCAGAGAAGCUGAAGGAAGAGUCAGGCACGGAGGAGCAGCUGCAGGCGUCAGACGUGGAGUCACACUGAGAAGGUGAGCCAGCAGGUAAGCUACAGUGUGUGUGAGCUACAGAAUGGCCACUGCUUCAUUCUGGCCCUCCAUAUCUUGCACAAGAACGUGUGGCUCAUCCUAACUGGAAACAGAGGGAAGGGAAUCCUGGGAAAUGUACUUCAGUCUAGCCAAGUUGAUACAUCACAUAGCACACAGUAGCUAUCGCAGUAUGGUGGGAUUCCAGGUGACCUUUACUUCAUAUUUUUACAUGUUGUGUUCUUCACAACAAACAUGUAUUACAUAGAUAAUCUAAAAAAUAACAUAUAAAGCUAUUCUCUUUGGGAAAAAAAAUCUUCCUUUAUUAAAAGGAAUUAUAAGAAUUAAGAGAUGACAUAUUUUACGGGUGAAUAUCAUAGCUUUUCUCUGCAAGAAGUAUAAAAAAGAUUGCCCAUGUUUUAAUUCCUCUGUUGCUACUUAACAGUUGUCAACAUCGGCUCUAGGCCCUAAAAGUCAAGAUGAAGAAUGAAAUGCUGAGGAAAAGCAACUUCUUCAUCACUGGGUACCUUCAGUGCAGAAAACUGACCUGCGAGUUACACCAUCCGUCACAGUCUAACAGGUACCACUGUAAAUGAUGUAACUAACAGCAACAUCACAGUCUGGCUCUCAGGGAUUCUUUCCCCUCGGACACCAGAAUCCUUUUUUUUUUGUAGUGUGUAGAUGAUUCUGCUGUGUUGACAGACCAUAAACACAUUGAGAUUAAGGAGAAUGUGAUAAACACGUUUUAAUGCUUGUGUAGGAUGCUACGACUUAGACUCAGUGCUCCAGAACUCUUAGAUGUUACCUGCAACCAUGAGUCUCAAACUGUUUUCUAAGCUUGGUACACAUGGUGGUUUCACCUGCUCAGCCCUAUUCCCUGGGGCUUCUUGGGGUUAUGCCACUAAGAAGGUGUUAACUAGAACUUCACCCCUCUUGCUGGCACUUACAAAAACACAUCAGAAAGCAAGUGAGUGAAAGUAAUAGGAUGACUUUCAGUCUGCAGGAACUUAAAAGAAAAGGCAAGCUUUGAAAUUUAAACCAUUAGUAACAGAGUAGUAGUACUUGUAAUCCCGCUUGAGUGUCACUACACUAUGGUUAAAAAAUUGUGCUCCCCAAAACAGUAUGCAUGUAAAUGGUCCCCGCCAUGUUGGUGGGGAAAGGCAAUAUGAGAACUAGUGCUAGGUAUUUUAUUUUAGCUCAAUUUUUAAAAAU